ACAUAGUACUUCAUGAACUUCCUGGAGGGGUAAAAUUUUCCAUUACAAGAUUUUAAGAGAGGCCAUUUACUGUUCAAUUUGCGUUCAUUUUCAAAUUUGCCGCGCGAGUAUCUAUGUAGCGUCGCGUGGUCAUUGGUCAUCACAUUUCAUUUUCAUAAGAUAAGAUAACCGAUAACCUAAAAAUUUAGUAAAAAUUUUGAUUGGAAAAAAAUGCAUCGAUAAGGGGGCGUGGGAAAUGGAAAUUAGUGGCUUUUCUGCUGUACUGUCUGCUAGUCAAAUCACACAACACUUUUUUCUAUGCUGCUAGUUUUUGCUCUGGGCUCUGGCUGGAUCUCUUGUUUAAACAAUUUUAAUCAGCUGAAAGUGGCCUACAAAAAAAAACCAAGAAGGAAAUAUAUAGCCUUGUGGCUAUGAAAGGCAAAAGAGAGAUAUAAAAAGUGUAUUGGCUAGUUGGAAGAAAGUCCACAUUGUCCAUGCAUAAUAAGUUAUUACUUUAUCAACAAAUAUCAAGAAGAUAGCAGGGUCACGAGCAACAACUUCAUCAGUUCAAGAAUAUCGAGGAAAUCCAGCUCCUCGAUACUACUGGGCAAACUAGAAGAUUGAAGAGGACAAAGCCUUUUGAACUAGUUUGAGUGAUACGUGAUAGUGAAAAACGGAGCAUAGUGCUUGUGUGCUGUGCCUGUGUAUGUUAGAAUAGUGCACGAUCUUGUUAGAUUAGAUAAGAGACGCUAUGGGGUAAGCUCUUCAUUUUAAGAAACAGUAGUAAUUUAGGUUAAAUUAAAAUUGCUCAUUGGUCAGUUAUGACCAGAUUGUUUUUUUAUGUUUGGCAAAAAGGACUUAAGUCAGAAUUGCACAUUGAUAAUGUUUUGAUGAUUUCUGGACCAGAAAAAAACUGUUGUAGAUGUAAACUGUAUGUACAGUAGAAUCUACUACAGUACUGUAGAAAUCAUCAAAACAUUAUCGAUGUGCAAUUCUGACUUAAGCCCUUUUUCCCAAACAUCAGAGAAUUGUAAUGUACAAUAAUUCUCCUAUCUGCUUUUUCAUGAAUUUUGUAGGAGAUGAAAAACCAUUUUUAGGAUCAUCUGCUUUCACAUGUAAAUUUUGACAUGUUUUGUAGUAAAUAGAUAGUUGAAUUUACUACAAAACAUGUCAAAAAAUAUAUGAAAACAGGAGGUGACUAUAAAAAAAGUUUUUAGUCUCUCUUACAAAACUCAUGAAAAAACAAAUCGGAGGUAUGUCACAUCAGUGACUAUAUCCAGGGAAUGUCUAAAAAAUAUACUUUGAUGUCCCAAGAACCAAAUAUAACCUACAGUCCAUCUAAUUUACUUACUGUUGCACGUCAUUAUCUACGCCAGAGAUCUAAGUUGACAUAGUUGCCAAAGUAUAAAAAGAUCCUGAAUCCAUUUUAAAUCAAAUAUAUCACAUAAUUAUUGUAAACGUGGAUUAUACAACAAAACAAAUUAAUAUUCAAUGUAAAUAAGUAAAAACUUAAGAAAUAGAGAACAAGAAUUAAGUUAUAAUCUUUUAAGAUUUGCAGUGCAAGAGUUUUUGCACUGCAUUGUUAAUAAUUAAAAAACGGCUCCGAACUCUUGGCAAAAAGCUGGUAGGUUUCUUUGUAUAAGUUUGUCUACAAUAACAACUAAAAAAGUUGUCAGAUACCUCGAUUAUUCCAAGUCGUUAUAAAAUUAGGUGAAAUUUAUAUUUUUAUAGUAGAGGAUCUUUUUAUAGUAAAGUAAAUAAUAAAAACAGUAAAUAUAAUAAAUAAAACAGAUACUUAUAGUAAAGAAUAUAAACAAAUAUGAAGUGUCAUCACCGUAACUGUCAAAUAAAUGUUACCAAUUUAUUCUAAAAUGUCACCUUCGUUCGAUUACAGUUACAGUGUGAUCCGAACAAAUCUGCUUCAUAAAAACGCUUUAUAAUCCAUUUAUACAAAUUAAAUGAAACAUAUUAUUCUGUAUUUCUUUAGGUUAACAUUAAUAGACAUCUUCAAAUAUUAUUUCUACGGGUAUAUAAUAAAAUAUGUCUAGUGGCUGUAAUUCCAUUGUACUCUGCAAAGUGAUUCUAAAAAAGAACACACCUACCGCCUAAAUAUUUCAGUUAAAAUAAAUAACAGUUAGUAAAUUAGACGAAGUAUGUAGAUAUAUACAGGGUGUAACAAAAAUACAGGUCAUAAAUUUAAUCACAUAUUCUGGGACCAAAAAUAGUUUGAUUGGACCUAACUUACCUUAGUACAAAUGUGCACACAAGAAAAGUUACAGCCCUUUGAAGUUAUAUAUAUAUAUAUAUAUAUAUAUAUAUAUAUAUAUAUAUAUAUAUAUAUAUAUAAAACAAACAGAUGAAAUAGAGAAUGUGGAAAAAUCCCCUUACGAACAAUUCACACAUCCACCAUUUCUCUAUUUCAUCUGUUUGAUUUCGUACGAGUGGUCGUCAAACCAUUAACCUUGGAUCUUUUGAUCACUGAGUGUGUUUCAAGGAUCUACAUCUCAUGUUUUUAAAUAUAUAUAUAUAUAUAUAUAUAUAUAUAUAUAUAUAUAUAUAUAUAUAUAUAUAUAUAUAUAUAUAUAAUAGCACUAAGGGCCUUAGAGGCCCAUGGCUUGAAAAGUUUGUUUUUUUCUUCAUUUUCACGUUUCUUUAUGUACUGAGAUCUUCUCUGGCUUGAUAUGUGAUUUUUCUCCAUUCCUUCCUGUUAUUCAUUUUUCUUUUCUGACCCUGUAGCACCAUUCUUUCCAAAUCUUUUUCGGCCUCUUGCUUCCAUCUAUUUUUCGGCCUUCCUCUUCUCUUUCUUGAAGCUGUAGUGUAGUUUAGUACCAUUUUUGGAGUCCUCGUGUUUGGCAUCCUUUCAAUGUGACCUCGCCAUCUAAGUCUCUGUGCCUUUAUCACUCAUUUGAAGUUACAAGAUGAAGUGAUUUUUUCGAUUAUAUCGAAAACUAUUAGAGAUUUUUUAUUGAAAAUGGACAUGUCGUCGGCUUAAGAUGCAAAUGGCCUAACUCCACUUUUAGCUCAAAUUAACAUUUUAGGUUGGUUGGGUUCAUAAAAAUUAACCGCGUCGACUUAAAUACGCCUAACAACCGAAAUGUCAAAAAUGCCGCGACAAAAUACCAGUCGAAACUCGCCUAUCUCCGGCUUGAUUUUCAACAAUACGCAGUUGGCCUAACUCCCAGUGUGUAAUGGUAAUAACAGGUGAAACGUUGUUGUUCUUAAUUUUAUGUGCAUAAAACAAUAUCUGAGGUAAGUAUCAAUAAUUUUUUAAUGCUUUAAUUACCUUUGACGUUCAAAUUAUCUAGAGAAUAUAAAUUUAGUAUUUAAUUUUUGUGCGUUCUUGGGUAAAUCUGAUGUUAAAAUAUCGUGUUGGAGUUAGGCAAUUUUCAUUUUAUAUUUACUUAGUUUGGAUAGGAGAUAGGCCAUUAUAGUUUCGAUGAUAAACCACAUAGGUACCUACCUUUAAUAUUUUUUUCCCUAUAAUAACAUUCUGAAUUUUUACUUAGCUAGGUACAUAAAAGUAUACUUUCUAAUUAACGCUGUAUAUUUCAGAAUGAAUCCGCAAUCCCGUGCGAUGAAAAUGCUUUUAUUGGCUAAGCAAAACAUCCAGGAAAAGCCCAACAGACAAAGCGAUGCCGAAAGCGAUGUAACAAGAGAUUUGUUAACAUUUUGUGAUACUUUUGAUCAAGAUAAGGAUUUAUCUACACUCUUAACUGAUAGUACUAAUCUAGCAAGCUCCUCAGCAUCUAAUCACCACUUAUUAGCUGACGACAAUUUAAUUACUGAUGAUGAUUUACUCACCCUAGCUGAAGAAAAAGUUGCUAACCUGAAUUUUAUCUCCUCAAAUUUUCCUGAAGAUGAAAUCAACAUUGAACCAGAAGAUCGUCAGAAUUUCGUUCCACAAUCAAUUCAUGGUGAAGAAGUGCCAACCUCCAUUUUGGAAGAAGAAGUUAUUGAAGCUUCUUCUAGUCGUUCAGAUAAAUCUUAUGAACCCAGUGAAAAUGAAACAAGUUCAAGUGAAAAUGAAAAUGAAGUAGUAGAAGAGCUACAAAAUAACACUCCAAUGCAAACCCCUUCACGGACACGCAGAAAGAGACGUCAUGUAGAUCAAAAGGAAUGGAAGAAAAAUAAAAAUAAGAUUUUGAGACAAGAAGGAAAGGAAUAUUUUGGAAAACAAAAGCAAGAAGAAAAAUGGAAUUAUGAUAUUAAAAAAAAAGCAAAAGCUAUAGGACCGAGAUGCAAAUGCAGUGGUAAAUCAGUAAUGAAUAAUGGGAAAUCAGUAAUGAAGUGCAAUGAGAUAACAGAAGAUCAAAGAACAGAAAUUUUUACAAGAUUUUGGAAUUUGUUGUGGAACGAAAAACAAUUGUUUCUAAGGACGCUGGUUGAAAAGAAAAGUACUUCAAGAGCUAGGGAUCGAAAAAAAGAGAACGAGUCAAGAAGGGAAUUUUCCUAUAUAUAUUUUCUUCAAACAACAUCCAAGAUAAGAGUGUGCAAAACAAUGUUUUGCAAUACUCUUUCAGUUGCACCAAGAACUGUUGCACAUUGGUUGAUUGAAAAAAAUAAAUCACAACACACUGCAAAUGAUUUGGUGGAUGAUGACCUUAAUGAUACGCGUGAUAAUAAUUCCUCCCAAAUAGUUAUUCCUAGAAAAGCGAAAAUCGACAAACAAAAAGAAAAUUUGUGCAAUUUCUUUACAGUUCUUCCAAAACUAGAGUCACAUUAUUGUCGAAAGAGCACAAAGAAAUUAUACCUUGAAAGAUCUUGGCAAACAAAAAUGGAAUUAUACCGGUUUUAUAAGAAUGACUGGUGUACAAAAAACAAUUCACAACCGCUAUCUAUUGCAGCAUUUAAUAACAGUUUCGACGAUUUUAAUUUAGCACUUUUUUCACCUAAAAAGGACGAAUGUGAUACGUGUGUGGGUUACAAGACUGGUAAUAUUGACGAAGCUACCUAUCAAGAACAUCAGAAGAAAAAGGAGGAGGCACGAAAGGAAAAAGAGGUUGACAAAACAAAAGAAGAUGUAAAAGUUUUUUCAAUGGAUUUGCAAUCAGUUCUACUGAGUCCAAAAUCUAAUGUCAGCGCUCUAUAUUAUAAAACAAAAUUAAUAGUCCAUAAUUUUACAAUUAUGGACAUUAAAUCCUUGGAUGGAUAUUGUUUCCUCUGGCAUGAGGGUCAUGCUGGACUAACUGCCAACACAUUUGCUACCAUCAUUUACAAGUUUUUAGAGACUAAUAUUAUACCCCAAAAAAACUCUAUUAGUAAAGUCAUUUUGUACAGUGAUGGUUGCACUGGACAAAACAGAAAUGCAAUUCUUGCCAAUGCACUUUUCAACUUUGCACAAAAGCAUGGGAUUACAAUUGAGCAAAAAUUUUUAGAAAAAGGGCAUACGCAAAUGGAGUGCGAUUCAAUGCACUCCACAAUCGAGCGAAAACUAAAAAACCGAGUCAUAAAUGUCCCAGCAGACUAUGUCAAUAUUUGUCAAACUGCUCGUAUAAAUCCGAAACCCUACGUGGUGGAGUACUUGGAUCAUACAUAUUUCAAAAACUUUCAAGAAGUUCAAUACAUUAGUUCCAUCCGUCCUGGUAGAUCGUCAGGUGAUCCUACUGUAACAAACAUUAGAGCACUUCAGUAUAAUGGACACGGAAUUCUCUUUAAAAUCAGGCAUACAGAAGAAUGGAUGCCUUUGCCUUACAGAAUCACGAAAAAAGAUAAAAAAAUCUGGAAUUUAGAAGAGUUGCCGUUAAUGUAUCCGACUCCAAUACCAAUUAAAUCGGAAAAAUUUCAACACUUAAUGGACCUUAAAUCGUCAAUUCCUAAGGACUUUCAUUUUUUUUAUGAUAACUUACCACAUUUGUAAAAUGCCUCUUUCUUUUUGUCUUUUGUCUUGUGUUGCCGUCUUUAAAUUUUUUUUAUACUUAAGUUGCACAAUUAAUUAGAUUAUUGCCUAUCUCCUGAUGCCAACCCAUGCUCAGGGAACGCAUAUUACCUAACUCCCAAUUUUUCAAGAAUAAAGCCUAUUUUUGACAAGAGCAAGUAUUUUCUAUGUUGUAGCAUUAAACAAAAUAAAAUAUUUUGGAAGCUUACCUUGUUUUAUUAUUAUUUUCUAAUUCUGACAAGUUUUUGCAUCUCCUGAAUAAUUUAAAUUUUUGGAGUUAGGCCAUUUGCAUCUUAAGCCGACGAUGUGGCAUUAUUAUGGCAGCAGUAUCUUACGAAAAAACUAGUAAAAUUUGGACACCCCAUAAAAAUAUUUUGGGGGUUUUGUUCCUUUAAACCCCCCCAAACUUUUGUGCACGUUUCAAUUUAAUUAUUAUUGUAGUACCAUUUAAACACGUUUUAAAAACUUUUUUGCCUCUUAUUGCUUUUUCGAAAAGUCAAUUUUUAUCGAAAUAUUUUGAAUAUUUGUCAAAUCCACCACAUAUUUGUAUAUGGUUAAGUACGAUUAUGGAGACUUGGUAAUAAUAUGCAGACUUAUUUAUGCUUUACAUUUUUAGGUAUAUUUUGAACCAUAUUAAAAAAGAAGCCAGAUCUCGAUAAAAUGUGCCUUAUCGAAAAAAUACAAAGAGGCAAAAAAGUUUUAAAAACAUUCUGUUUAACUAAUGGUACCUCAGUAAUAGUUUAAUUGGAACGUACACAAACAUUUGGGGGGUUUAAAGGAACAAAACCCCCAUAAAAUUUUAAUGUAGACAUGUUAAAAAAGAAGUCGCAACUCGAUAAAAACUGCCUUAUCUGAAAAAUACUAAGAAACAAAAAUAUUGAAUUUAACUAAUGGUACCACAAUAAUAAAAUUGAAUUGGAACGUACACAAAAGUUUGGGAGGAUCUAAGGGAUCAAGACCCCCAUAAAAUCUUUAUGGGGUGCACAAAUUUCACCAUAAUUUUUCUUUAAGAUAUUCCUGCCAUAAUACUGCCACAUGUCCAUUUUCAAUAAAAAAUCCCUAAUAGUUUUCGAUAUAAUCGAAAAAAUCGAUUUUCAUUUUGUAAUUUCAAAGGGCUGUAACUUUUUUUAUGUGCAUAUUUGUACUAAGGUAAGUUAGGUUCAUUCGAACUAUUUUUGGUCCCAGAAUAUGUGAUUUAAUUUAUGACGUGUAUUUUUGUUACACCCUGUAUAUACAACCGAUUACGCACCACCUUAAAAAUUGGGCAUUUUUGAUGUCUCGAAUUUCCUAAACCUGUUGUUGCAUCUAAGUGAUUUUUUUAUAAUAUUCUAGCCUAGGCCCUAGGCUAAGUACCUCCUUAUGCUUGUCAUGCACGGGGAGCUAUACUGUAAUAUAUAUUAUAUCACAUCGCACUCUAUAGUAAUGAGUGAGCCUGCACAUACGGAACCAUUUGUUUUCUGUCUGCAGGCUCACUCAUUACUAUAGAGAGCGAUAUGAUAUAAUGUACAUAUAUUACAGCAUAGCUCCCUGUGCAUGACAAGCUUAAGGAGGUAACCUAUAGCCUAGGCUAUAAUAUUAUAAAAAAUCACUUAGAUGAAACAACAGGUUUAGGAAAUACGAGACAUCAAAAAUACCCCAUAUUUAAGGUGGUGCGUUAAUUUCGUGGAGAAGUGUAUUGUAAUUUAAUGUAAAUAAUGUAAUAUCCAAUAAUUGUAAUUUAAUAUAAGAUGUAAUAUAAGUUCCUUAAAAAAUAUAUUUUUUAUUUCCCACGACAUUAGAUGGAUGUUCGGCAGCAAGACAUUGGACCAAACUGGGACGUCCUAUGAAGGCCAAUUGACGUCCACCGAACGUCCCUUCGGAUGUUAAGUGGACCUCCAUUGGGCGUUUGGCAACGUGGCAUUUGGACCAAAAUUGGAUGUCCUGUUAAGGUCCAAUUCACGUCCCCUAGAACAUCCGGUUAAGGUCCAAUUUACUUCCGAUUAAGGUCCAAUUUACGUCCGAUUAAGGUCCCAUUUACGUCCGAUUAAGGUCCAAUUUACGUCCUAUUAAGGUCCAAUUUACGUCCGGUUAAGGUCCAAUUUACGUCCGAUUAAGGUCCUAUUUACGUCCCAUUAAGGUCCUAUUAAGGUCCAAUUUACGUCCGAUUAAGGUCCAAUUUACGUCCGAUUAAGGUCCAAUUUAUGUCCGAUUAAGGUCCAAUUUACGUCCGAUUAAGGUCCAAUUUAUGUCCGAUUAAGGUCCAAUUUACGUCCGAUUAAGGUCCAAUUUACGUCCCCUAGGACGUCCGAUCAAGGUCCAAAUUACGUCCGAUUAAGGUCCAAUAUACGUCCCCUCGGACCUUAGAUGGACGUCCAAUGGACGUUCGGUAGCGCGACAU